AUGGCGAGCCCAGAGCUUCCAAGAGAAUCCGCACCUCAUCCAUCAGCUCCCGCUGCUCUUCACACAACAUCGGGUGGAAAUGCCGUUUGGCACAAUUUUAACAAUGAUUUUGCUCACAUCCAAGAUCCCAAUGAGAGACGAAGACUCGCUCUAGCGGAAAUCGAUCGCGCUCCUUUCGGAUGGUACCAUGUUCGUGCGUGUGUGGUUGCCGGCAUUGGGUUCUUUACCGAUUCUUAUGAUAUCUUUGCUGUUGGACUCCUCACCACCAUGCUGGGAAUAGUUUAUUUUCCGCACAACAAAGGAGUUAUGCCAACUACUUCCGACACGGCAAUCAAGGUCUCGACGAGUGCGGGAACGGUGGUUGGUCAAUUUGGAUUUGGUAUCUUGGCGGAUAUUGUAGGACGGAAGAAGAUGUAUGGACUGGAGUUGAUCAUUAUCAUUUUUGCUACGUUGGCACAAUCUCUAACCUCGAGUUCUCCGGCUGUGAACAUCGUGGGCGUCAUAAUCUUCUGGCGUGUUCUUAUGGGUAUCGGAAUUGGUGGUGAUUACCCACUCUCAUCUAUUAUCACAUCAGAAUUCGCUACCACCAAAUGGCGUGGAGCAAUGAUGGGAGCAGUCUUCGCCAUGCAAGGAAUCGGCCAAUUCGUCGCCGGUCUUGUCAUGCUAAUCUUAGUCGCCGGCUUCAAAGAAUCUCUCCUGACCGCCAAAUCCGCCGCAGUAUGUCAAGGGGUAUGCGGCUUGGCAGUUGAUAAAAUGUGGAGAGUACUUAUUGGAUUUGGUGCGGUGCCAGCUUGUGUGGCACUCUACUACCGACUCACGAUCCCCGAAACACCGCGCUAUACAUUCGAUGUUGCGCGCGAUGUGGAACAAGCGCAAUUAGAUGUCGAAGCAUAUAUAGCCGGUAAAGCAGAAGGACACCCGGAUGAAAUAGCGCGAGUCCAGGGACUCCAGGCCGGCAAGUCUCAAAUGAAAAUCCCCAAAGCUAGUUGGAGUGAUUUCGUCGCUUAUUAUUCGCAAUGGAAAAAUGGGAAAAUCCUCUUUGGUACGGCUGGUUCUUGGUUUUUGCUCGAUGUGGCUUGGUAUGGAUUAUCGUUGAAUAAUCCUGUCAUAUUGACUGCGAUCGGUUAUUCAACGGGUCCGACGGUCUACAAAACCCUAUUGAAUACCGCGAUUGGAAAUCUCAUCAUUGUGUGUGCUGGUGCGAUCCCAGGGUAUUGGGUUACGGUUGCAACAGUUGAUACGAUUGGACGGAAGCCGAUCCAACUUAUGGGAUUUGUUGUUCUCACGAUUAUUUUUAUCGGGAUGGGUUUUGGUUACCAUAAACUUUCGGGGCAUGGGUUACUGGGUCUUUACGUGGUUGCCCAAUUUUUCUUUAACUUUGGACCCAACACAACAACCUUCAUCGUGCCGGGCGAAUGCUUCCCCACGCGCUACCGCAGCACCUCUCACGGGUUCAGCGCCGGCAUGGGCAAGAUUGGUUCCAUCAUCGGCCAAGCGGCCAUCGCGCCCCUGCGUGUGCGAGGCGCAACUGCAAAAUCUGCAAGCCCAUGGUUAGAUCAUGUUCUGGAGAUCUAUGCAGUCUUCAUGUUUGCGGGGAUAUUUACAACGCUGUGUAUACCCGAGACGAAGAGGAUUAGUUUGGAGGUGUUGAGUGGAGAGGAUUAUGGGAGUGAGGGGGUGAGAAGUGGGGGGAGUGGGAGUGAGAGGGGGAAAGGGGUCGAGGUGGAGGCGAAGAGUGUUUAA